GAUAGGACAGACAAAGAAGGAACAGAAAGCAAGAUGAAUGAUGUGAAACUUGCUGUCUUGGGUGGUGAAGGAACAGGCAAAUCUGCCCUUACAGUAAGGUUUCUUACCAAGCGAUUUAUUGGAGAAUAUGCUUCUAAUUUUGAAUCUAUUUAUAACAAGCAUUUGUAUUUGGAAGGGAAGCAAUUGAAUCUGGAAAUAUAUGACCCUUGUUCUCAGGCACAGAAAGCAAAAUUUUCCCUCACAAGUGAGCUGCAUUGGGCAGAUGGGUUUGUUAUUGUGUAUGACAUCAGUGACAGGUCUUCAUUUGCUUUUGCAAAAGCACUAAUCUACAGAAUUCGGGAGCCACAGACCAGUCAUUGUAAAAGAGCUGUGGAAUCAGCAGUGCUUUUGGUGGGUAACAAGCAAGAUCUCUGCCAUGUGCGCGAGGUUGGCUGGGAAGAAGGGCAAAAACUGGCUUUGGAUAACCGCUGCCAAUUCUGCGAACUGUCUGCAGCAGAGCAGUCUCUGGAGGUGGAAGUGAUGUUUCUCAGAAUUAUCAAGGACAUCCUGACAAACUUCAAACUCAAAGAAAAGAGAAGACCCAGUGGAUCUAAAUCCAUGGCCAAAUUGAUCAAUAAUGUAUUUGGAAAGAGAAGGAAAUCUGUUUAGUAGACAUGUGAUCCUAGGGGAUUUAUUAUAUCAGAGAGGCUCAAGCGUUUGUAUGAUAAUUAAAUUUACCCUUUGUAUGCAAUUAAAAAAAUUCUCUUAAAGAUAAGAAAUAAUUGACCGUGAACCACAACUGUGUUUUCAAAUAUACAGUUUGCCUUUUCGAUUGUUUGUAUCUUGUACACUUUGCUUCACACUUAACCUUUUCUUUACUGCACAGAAUAAUAUGAGUAUAACCUAUUGGUGAUUACUAUACAGUUUACCUUGCUAAAUAAGCUCUGCUUAUGUAAUUUUAUUAUGCUGCCACUCUACAGGGCUCAGUUUACCUUUAUUUUAUAUAUAUUAUAUAUAUACAUAUAUACAUGUAUAUAUAUGCCUUUUUAAUGAAAUAUAUAGUUAUAUUCAUAUAUAUUAUAUAUUAUAGGUCUUAAUUUAUCAUUUUUUGAAAUUUGUGAUCUGUUUAAUUGCAAUGCAUUUGAAAGUGCCUUUGUAAUAAGCCAGUGAGUUACUUGAUAUUACACAAAUUUUACUUACAACUAAGGCCUUAAGAAGUUAAAUUCCUUACCCACAGGUACAUAGUUUAUAGUUGGUCUGAUGAUGAAAAGUCUGCCUUUCCUUAUUGUACAUUAUGUUAACAAGGGCAAUUAUCAUAGAGAAAUUAAUUUAUACAGCUAAGAUCCUUUUUAGAUUAAAAGAUUAGGAUUUUUUUUUAAAUUUAAUUUCAUUUAGAAAUCCAUACACCGUAGGGAAAGAAAAAAGUAUGUAAAAACUGGUUGGUAAAUAUGAAACCUUGAAAGCCUUAUUGUCCUGAAAGAAAUCCUGUGUUAGAUACAAACAUUUUGGGGCCUUCUCAGAUUGUAUUGGAUACAGUUUCCUUUGGAAGUCAACUGUCCACCUCCUGGACUGCAGCCCCUCUUCUGCUGUCCCUGGUGAGCUUGCCACCCGCUGCAUUUCAAGUUGCAGCCCUAGACUUAACUUCAGCCAAAUCGCUGAUAAGUAAGGUUACAUUUCCGAAAAGUUAAAGAAUACACACAAUUCUGCGUGCACACUCAGUUAACAUGUAUCAACAGUAACCUGGGGACCAGGUGGAAGAUCUCGAGUAGAGAGUGGUAGACUGGAGUCAGGGAGGGCAGCACAGACUAUUAGUCUGCACAAGAGAGAAUUCAUCAACGUGUCUUGCUCAUCAUGAGUCAGGAUCCAACAUUUAGCUUUUCUGUUCCUUAGAAAUCUAACCUCGAUGAUACACUAGAGUAAAAGGAGUGGAAAUAUAGAAAAUAGUUCAGAAUGUUCAUAAAGAUGGGAGAGUUAGAAUUGCUGUGGUAGGUUGGCCCCAAGAACCCACAUCCGACUGUGUGCUCUGGGACGAUUCAGAGGAAUUUCCUUUACUAAAGAAAUGAGGAAUGCCGGAGUGAGGAGGCAAAGACAACUUUGAUGAGCUUCAUAGUGACUGUGCUCCACAGGUCAGUGUUGACAGUCGGGAUGUUGCCAUUGAACUGUGCUCCUUGAUAUCAAUGAAGAUGAUAGAAUCCUGGGACAGCAGAAUCUGGAUGUCGACGUUUAACCUGAUGCCUGUUUAACCUCUUAACCUGUUUAUCCACUUACUCAGCCCCCAGAGAACUAGUGCCUUAUAAAGAGUAGAGGCUCCAUUUCUGAUCCUGGCUGGUUGGAAACUUAGAAGCUAUAUUGAGGCAAAAUCUGUCUUGUGGGUUCAAGCAUUGCUCCCAUCCCUGCCACCAAGGCCACUGUUAUCCUGGAUCCAUUGCAUAUGAGAACAAAGGUGGUCAAGAAAAAAGGCAGGUUAUCUGUAGGGUGGUUCAUCUUGUCCAAUGGGCUUAAAGUGACAUCUCAUAGGUGGAUGUGCUCUGGUGGGCAUUAAAAUGAUAUACAAAGAUCUGUAAAUUUCAUGCCCUCUCCAAGAGAUCUAUUCACAUGCUUUUUCUCCAGUCCUUCUGGCGCUGCUCUUCCAGUCUUACCUCUUAUGGAUACGUGUGACCAACUGGUGAAACCAUUGAUCAUGGCCUGGGACUCUUCCACAUUACAUCUUUCCUGCUUUACAAGGCACACAACAAAGUGUACUUUUUGAAGCUUUGACAAAUGAGAUAAUUUCCUUUUACUGAUGAGCUUCAUGAUUACCUGUGGGCAGAACAGUAAUGAGGCCCAGUCAUCUUUUGCCUGGCACUAACACAUCAAGCUUAAGUGAGGAAUACUUCUCAUCAACCAAGAAUAUUCAGAUUAGAUUGCUUUGUAAAUGAGAAAUAAACUUCUAUUGUGUAGUUAUUCCAGUAAAUUCAGUGAUACACUUUUUUGAUCAACUCAAGGAUGGA